AAAAGGUUGAUGAUUAUUUUAGAGUGCCUACUUAAUUUCACAAAAAAAAAAAAAAAAAAAAAAAAAAAGGAAAAAUGAAAAAGGGAAGAGGCGAUCAUGGAAAAACGGUUUUGUCGGUUAGAAUAACAUUGUACAUACUGUAGAAAAUUAUUCAGCUCCCUUUGAGGAGACAAAAACGCAAAACCACUCAAUAUUUGCAAGUUCAUUGUCUCUUCAGACAUGUUGGAAGCUUCUUUAAACAUGGAUCCCCCUACAAAUGAAGGGGAUAUAAAACCAGCAACACUUGAAGAAGUAAAAGAAGAAGGUCCUCUCUUUUCUUGUAAUCUAUUUGAUGCAGAAAUGGUUCGCAAGGUAGCACAGGAAUUCCUUACAGGAUUAGCCUCCGCCUGUGUUGACAAUACGACAGGUGGUCUAUUCAAGAGCCCUGCUUCUGUGGCUGUUGAUAUCAGAAGAGAAAUGGUGGAUUAUCUUAUCCAGAGAAGCGAGUCAUUUGUUGCUGAAUCUGUUGUCAACGAAGGUGGAACGGAAACAGUAGUGUCCGACAACCCUUAUGAUAACAUUUCAGAUUUUAUUGAUGAUUUUGGUCAGUCAAAGAGAAUUUUUUUUAGCAAGGUUUCGGGAUGGAUACUAAGUGAAAGGAGAGAGGACAGAAUAGAUGAUUUCGUACAAGAAAUGGAAAUAAAUGGCUUUUGGUUGAUGGGGAGGAGGGAAACGGUAGCACAAACAGUGAUUAGAAAUGUCGACUUCAAGAACACCUUUCACUGCAAUAUGAAGUUUAAGUCCGAAAAAGAGCUUGCGGAACAUAUAUCCUCGUGUGGUUUCAGGGAAAUAAACUGUGAAAACGAGGGGUGUAAUGCCAGAUUUAGUGCAGCUCAACUGGAACAGCAUGAUUCUACCUGUCCUUUUAAAAUACUUCAGUGCGAGCAAAAGUGUCCAGAAAUGCUAAUGCGGCGUGAAAUGGACCGGCAUUGUAUAACUAUUUGUCCAAUGAAGCUUGUCAAUUGUUCCUUUUAUCCAGUUGGUUGCCAGUCUACCGUUCCCCAAUGCAAAGCAGAUGAACAUCGUCAGGAGAAUCUCCAAUCUCACUUGGUCUACAUUUUAAAACUUAUUUACAAGGAAGCUUCUUCAGAAGCUCUUAAGAAAAGGGCUGAACAAUUGGAACAGGCAUCAUCAGGUGGACGGCUUGCAGCUGCUCGUGAUGCAAGAUCAUUAACAACUGCAAUUAAGAAUAUUGAUGCAAAGCUUGGACCUUUGGAGGUUGAGAAAAAGACAGAGGUCAAUCCCGAGGUAGCAGAGUUGACAGACAAAAAAGAGGACGGCACUGAUAAAUCCACCAUGAAAGAUGAUGGUAAGGACUCGCCUCAUAAGAAUGAAAAUUCCUCAGAGUCGCCCACAGACAGAAAAGAGGAUGGCACUAGUAUAUCCACGAAGAAAGAUGAUGGUAAGUGUUCGCCUCAUAAGAAUGAAAAGUCUUCAGACUCACCCACAGACAAAAAAGAGGACGGUACUGGUAUAUCCACGAAGAAAGAUGAUGGUAAGGACUCGCUUCAUAAGAAUGGAAAGUCUUUAGACUCGUUCACAGACAAAAAAGAGGACGGCACUAGUAUAUACACUAAGCAAGAUGAUUGUAAGGACUCGCCUAAUAAGAAUGAAAAGUCUCCAGACUCAUCCAAGACUCAGCAUGACUCUAAAGUUGCGCCUGCCAAAGUGGACUCACCUUCCAGCAAAACUGAAGUGAAAGAAGACUCAACAAAUCAAUCCCCCAGCAAAAGUAGGAUCACAGAACCUCCGGUAGAAAAUGGAGGCGCGAAAUCUCCUGAUAAAAAUGUAGUGUCUCCAAAAUCACCCAAAAAUAAAGAAUCGUCUAAGUCACAUGAGGAACAUCCGGACCUCACAGUUUCCUCUAAGAAAGUGGAGUCAUCCAAAAGUGAAGUGUCUGCCCUGUCACCCAAGAAACAUCAAAACUCUUCCUCACCUGAAAUGGAUAUACAUGAAACUAAAGAGUCUACGCCAUCACCCAAGAAACACCAUGACUCAACUUCCUCACCCAAAAUGGAGUCUGCAAAAAGUGAAGAGUCUAUUCUAUCACCCAAGAAACAUCAAUACUCCACGGCUUUGGUAGACAAGGUUGAGUGACAUGCAAAACUAGGAUUUUGUGAAAAGAAUGAAAUUCAAAAAUGGAGUCAACAAGUCCACACCUCAAUAAAAGAGAUCAACAUAAUCAUCAUCAGAAGAAAAAGAGCCUAAGUCGACAAUCCACAAGUAGAUGCAUUUGCAGCAACCAAAUGAAGUAGAUUUAAAAAGUUAACAGACAUGAAAUUUGAUCAGACAAAGUAUUGAUCAUUUCUUUAGAGGAAAGACUGGGUACCUAAUAGAACGGCAGUGUGACAGUUCUCUAACGUUCAUGCUGGAAAAAAAAAAUCGGAAAGUAAGUUGAUUGCAUUAAAGUGUACUCUCUCUUUCAGAAGUUAACUUGAAGUUAGAGCCUAGUGUAGCAGAAGCACAGGUAUCUUUUGCAUGAAGCAAAGAAAAGCUAAAUUUUGAUAUUUUUAGAAACCUUUACCUUGUAGAAAGAGGAAAACAAUGUUUUUCGCGACCUGUCCAUUUGAUGGCUGGUUUGUGGUACGACUAUUUUACACAUUGUUUUUUGACACCUUUAGUCAUACAGUUAACUUAUGUUUUUUUAGUCGUCUUAGGCUUGCAUAGGUUUGUUCUAGUUUCUGCGAUGAACUUUUUCAUUACUUCUUCA